GUCUCAUAGUGGAGUAAAGAGUAGAUCUAAAAUGCAAUUGCGCUUGUCAAAACGAAAUGUUUAGACGUUUGUAAAUGUACGUACCAUCGUAGUUACUUAUUCCACUUUCGAAUUUUAUUUUCGAUUUCUGGUACAAAUUUCCAAGUGUUAUAUGUAAUUUCUCGUUUAUUUGUUAUAAAUGCGUUGUGAAGAAUUUUCUCAAGAAUUCGCCUUAUAUUUAAAAUCGGUGCAAUGACUUCGAAACUUUCGAAAAUGGCUAUUAAAAAUUGUUGUGUUGUGUUAAUAAUUUUCGCUCUCGCGAUAGUUCAGGCGGUCGGCUACGACACAGAACUGUAUGAAACAUCUGCUUGCGAUAGUACAGCAUGUUUUGACGCUCUUCACGGAGCUCUCGGCGACUGUUCCUGCAAUGUGGAUACGAUCGACUAUUUUAAUAACGUAAAAAUAUUCCCUCGAAUACAGAGCCUGGUAACAAAAGACUAUUUUAGAUUUUACAAGGUUAAUUUAAAGAAAGAAUGUCCAUUUUGGGCGGACGAUAGCAGAUGUGCGAUGAAAUACUGUCAUAUUAAAACCUGUUCUAAGGAAAGUAUUCCGGGUUUCGAAAGCGGCUAUGAAAAUGAACAAGAGGAGGAGGUGCCAGCUGCGAAGUAUACAGAACAGGCGCAAACCCCGUGUAACUCUGAUACCGACCAUGAUCCAGCUCUUGGUUACUUGAACAUGACUUUGAGUGCAGCAAGCCAAUAUGAAAUCGCUAAGUGGAAAGCUUACGACGAUUCAGUUGGUAAUUUUUGUGAAUGUGAUGAUAAAGACGUAGAAGCCGAAUAUAUCGAUUUAUCUUUGAAUCCAGAAAGAUAUACAGGCUACAAGGGCCCCUCAGCACACAGAAUUUGGAGAAGCAUUUAUCAGGAAAAUUGUUUUCGUCCUAAAUUGAAUCCAUAUCAAUCAUUUCCAUAUGUAUUAAGUUCAGAUUUAGGCAAUAUGUGCCUUGAGAAGAGAGUAUUUUACAGAGCAGUAUCUGGCUUACAUUCCAGUAUCAAUAUCCAUUUAUGUUCAAAGUUUUUACUAUCAGAGAAAAAGUUAGGAUUUGCAGCUCCACCUGAAGGUGAAUGGGGGCCAAAUUUGGCUGAGUUCCAACGUCGUUUUGAUCCAUCACAGACAUUUGGGGAAGGUCCAAAUUGGCUAAAGAAUUUAUACUUUGUAUAUUUGCUUGAAAUGCGUGCACUUGCUAAAGCCGGGCCUUAUUUAGAACGGGAGGAUUAUUUCACGGGUAACCCUGUAGAGGACGAAGAGACCAGAGAUGCUAUACGUAAUAUGAUUGGUGUGAUAUACACAUUUCCUGAUCAUUUCAAUGAGUCUUCAAUGUUUAACGGUGGUAGUCAGGCUGGGAAGUUGAAGCAAGAAUUUCGUGAUCACUUUUGGAACAUAUCACGUAUCAUGGAUUGUGUUGGAUGUGAUAAAUGUAAACUGUGGGGCAAACUGCAGACUCAAGGUUUGGGCACAGCUCUAAAGAUCCUCUUCUCUGGUCAGUGGGACAGUUUUGAAGGAGAUCCAGAUCAAGGCAAGCUAAUGUUGCGGCAUAAGUCCCAUAAACGUUUACAACGGACGGAAAUAGUUGCAUUAUUUAAUGCAUUUGCUAGACUAUCAAACAGUAUCAGAGAACUUGAGAACUUCAGGCAUAUGCUCAGUUCUCAAACAGAAACGCAGAAGAAGAGCAUAUUUGGAAAUGUUCCAGGCGACGUGGGCGCUAAGAAGGAACUAUGUUCGGGCGGAGCCAAACCAAAAAUAUGGAGUUAAAUGAUUACGCGAGGAUUCAAGUUAUAAAAUAACUUUAAAGUUUUAAAGUACAGUUACGUAUCUUCGACGUUUUCUCUUAACUCGCGUUUCAUGUCAGAUGGUGUUCGUUAAGUGUGAAGCGAUUAUAUAACUUAAUUUCAUUUCAAUGUUGUAU